AUGGCCUCAACAGCGGAGCCGGAGGUCCAGUUCGCACAAAGACUGGCGUCCAACGAAAAGCCCGUGCGGAGGAAAGCUCUCAAGAAACUACGGGGCUACUUGAACGCACGUUCACGGACACAAUCAGGAUUCUCUGAGGAAGAGCUGCUGAAGCUCUGGAAGGGUCUCUUCUAUUGUCUGUGGAUGCAGGACAAGCCACUGCUGCAGGAGGAGCUGUCCACGCAGAUCUCAGGCCUGCUCCACCACUUUCACAACUACAGCAGCCAGUUGCUGUUCUUCCAGACUUUCCUCACCACCAUGAAGAGGGAGUGGACCGGCAUUGACCGUCUGCGCAUGGACAAAUACUUCCAGCUGGUUCGAUUUCACACACACACGGGCAACAACACGGGCAACAACACGGGCAACAACACGGGCAACAACACGGGCAACAACACGGGCAACAACACGGGCAACAACACGGGCAACAACACGGGCAACAACACGGGCAACAACACGGGCAACAACACGGGCAACAACACUGGCAACAACACUGGCAACAACACGGGCAACAACACUGGCAACAACACGGGCAACAACACGGGCAACAACACGGGCAACAACACGGGCAACAACACGGGCAACAACACGGGCAACAACACUGGCAACAACACGGGCAACAACACGGGCAACAACACGGGCAACAACACGGGCAACAACACGGGCAACAACACGGGCAACAACACGGGCAACAACACGGGCAACAACACGGGCAACAACACGGGCAACAACACGGGCAACAACACGGGCAACAACACUGGCAACAACACUGGCAACAACACGGGCAACAACACGGGCAACAACACUGGCAACAACACUGGCAACAACACUGGCAACAACACUGGCAACAACACGGGCAACAACACGGGCAACAACACGGGCAACAACACGGGCAACAACACGGGCAACAACACGGGCAACAACACGGGCAACAACACGGGCAACAACACGGGCAACAACACGGGCAACAACACGGGCAACAACACGGGCAACAACACGGGCAACAACACGGGCAACAACACGGGCAACAACACGGGCAACAACACGGGCAACAACACGGGCAACAACACGGGCAACAACACGGGCAACAACACGGGCAACAACACGGGCAACAACACGGGCAACAACACGGGCAACAACACGGGCAACAACACGGGGGCCACCAAACACACAGCUGUGUGGCGUGAGCUGCUGCACACAGGAGCGCCCCCUGUAGGCCUGCAGCUGCAUGUGCUGGACCUGUACCUGAGGGAGCUGGCUGUGGUCGGAGCACAUGAGCUGUCGGCGGAUCAGAACCUCGCCUUCAUUCAACCCUUUAUGAAAACGGCAGCAAAAACUAAAGACCGCACCCUGUUCAGUGCCAUCUGCAGCAGCGUCUUCAGCAACAUCAUCGACCAGGCUCCCUUCGCCAUCCAGGAGCUGCUGGAGGAGCUGGAUCAGCUGGAGCAGGACUCUGACUCAGGCCAGGCGUCAGAUGAGCAAGACGAGGCCCCUGAGGAUCUGAAGAGCAGAGCAGAGAAAGCAGGGGGCCACAAGCCCAGAACCAGCAGCAAAGCCCCACAGACCAACGGCACAAACACUCACUCUGAUGAUGAUGAGGAGGAGGAGGAUGAUGAUGAUGAUGAUGAUGAUGAAGAUGAAGACGAUGGCCUGUCGGUCUCUGAGCAGCCGUGUGACCCGGACAUGGGCCCUAUAUUACAGUUCGAUUACGGAGCCGUCGCAGACAAACUGCUGGAGCUGUCUUCACGAGGAAACACCCCCACCCGCAACCGCCAACGCCUCUACAGGAUCGUACGAGUACUGCGGGAUCUCAGCCAAGGCAGCUUCCCUCAGGACGAGUACCCAGAGGAGGUGUCCACAGACGAGGACGACGAGGACUUUGGCAGCAGGAAGAGGCUAAAGAGGAGGCCCACAGAGGAGGAGGCGGAGGCGGAGGGACCAAAGGUGAAGAAGCCUAAAGUGAGUAAGAAGACAACCACAGACUCAAACACUGACAACAGCGAGCAGGCGAAGAAGAAAAAGAAGAAGAAAAAGAAAAAGAAGCCUCAAAGUCCAACAGAGCCGUCACAGGUCCAGGCAGAACCCUCAGAGCCGUCACCGGUCCAGGCAGAACCCUCAGAGCAGUCACCGGUCCAGGCAGAACCCUCAGAGCAGUCACCGGUCCAGGCAGAACCCUCAGAGCAGUCACCGGUCCAGGCAGAACCCUCAGAGCAGUCACUGGUCCAGGCAGAACCCUCAGAGCCGUCACCGGUACAGGCAGAACCCUCAGAGCCAUCACAGGUCCAGGCAGAACCAGAGCCAGAACCAGCCUCACACGCACAGGACAACCAUACACCACCACAGUUAAAGAAGAAGAAAAUUAAAAAGGCUAAGAAAUCAAAUCUUUUGAACUUGGAGCAAAAUGGACCCAGCGACCCAGAAGCCUCUGCUCCUCCUCCAGAUCCUCAAAGCGAGACAACAGCGCCCCCAGUGGAGGAAGUGGACACCAGCAGCAGUCCAGCAGCACAGAAGAACAAAAAGAAAAAAAAGAAAGGAGCAGCCAUCUCUGAACAAGUUGUGAAGAGCCCAGAAGCACAGGCUGAGGAGCUGCAGGCUCACAUCACUGCUGUGGCCUCCCCAGAUGCUGGAGUGGACCAAUCACAGCCUCCCAUCAGCCCAGCUACAAGCACCAAGGGGAAGAAGAAGAGAACAGCAGCCCUGAAGAGGGCGCCACAGGCCGCUGCAGAACAGGACACAGGAGAAAACGCCAUGAGCGAGACAGCAGAGCCCCCAGUGGAGGAAGUGGACACCAGCAGCAGUCCAGCAGCACAGAAGAAGAACAAAAAGAGGAAAAAGAAAGGAGCAGCCAUCUCUGAACAAGUUGUGAAGAGCCCAGAAGCACAGGCUGAGGAGCUGCAGGCUCACAUCACUGCUGUGGCCUCCCCAGACGCUGGAGUGGACCAAUCACAGCCUCCCAUCAGCCCAGCUUCAGCUACAAGCACCAAGGGGAAGAAGAAGAGAACAGCAGCCCUGAAGAGGGCGCCACAGUCCGCUGCAGAACAGGACACAGGAGAAAAGAAGAGGAAGAAGAAGAUCCCUGUCGAGUUUGAGUACGAGGCAGAUGAGGCCCAGGUCCAGGACAAGGCCCAGGACACCACACCCUUGGACUCCCCUCACACCCCCCUAAGCUCCAGGCCUCAGAAGCUCCGGAGGAACCCUAGAGUUCGACCAGAGUUUGUGAGCUUCCAGAGCGGCAGCCCCCCUCCUGCACCCCUAUUCUGCAGGACCUUGUGCCCCAAAACGAACAGCGCCACUCCCAAGACCGACUCCAAGAAGGUCCGCUUUGGCCUGAAGAACAAUAGAACAGCAGAGUUCCGCAGGACUGACCGCAGCCUGCUGCUGAGCCCAGAGGGCCCGUCUCGAGUGCCCUUUGACCCUGACCAGAAGCCUAAGUGUGGAGUGCUCAAGUCCCCACCCACCCCCUUCCCCAAACUCAAGAAGAAGAAGAGCAUUGUGCGCCAGCGACCCACAGCGGCCGACUUCUUCUGA